CCCAUACAGAACUAGUGUGUCAGAAGUGGGUGCGAAAACACAUUGAGUCACCAUGACAACGACAGCCGGGGCGUCGAUACUGACGCCUCUCCACACACCUACCACAUACGUAACCCUUGGCCAGGCUUCACGUACGAUGGACUUCGACAACGCUAAAGCCCAAGCAAGGUCCAUCCUAGGUCCUACAAAGGAUGCAGAGUUCUUGCAAAGCUUCGUCCGAGUGGGUAUCGGCGAUGAGGAAGAAGAAACUCCCGUCCAAAAGGCGUCCAUCAGCAAGAGAGCGCCGCAGUCCGCGGACAAAGGACGCGAGGACGCUGAAGAUUUGAAACAGGCUAUCAAAGAGAGGAAGGAGUCGAUUAAGCCGAGGAAGAAAUGGAAGAGGAAGCCCAAGCGAGAGAGGAGGAGACGAGAGGAAGAGUUGUACACGGACAAGGAUCGUGCGGCUGCCGUGGUGAUGGGCUCCAAGGAUAUCAAGCAGUCUUUGAACUUGAAGGACAAGGCGGAGAGGAGCAGCGCUCUGCAGCUACCUGUUGAAGCUGAUGCUGGUACAUUGCUGGCCCUGGCCAGAGCUGAGAUGAUGAGGGAACGAUACCGCACCGCUGUUCUCUUUGUCAAUAAGGCAAUCGAACUCGCCCCUGAUGAGAAAGCAGCGUACGUCUCUCGCAGUAAAUGCUACCUGCUUCUGGGGGAGCCUCGGUCAGCUCUGAUGGACGCCGAGGCAGCCUUGAAGCUGGACCCUAAGGACGCUAAGGCCCUGCUCCGCAAGGCGGAAGCGCUGUACUACUGCGGGGAGUUCGAAAUGAGCCUCGUGCACUACCAUCGAGGAUUGAGGGCUAGACCUGAUCUGAAUGACUUCAGACUUGGGGUGCAGAAAGCGCAGGAAGCAAUAGAAAACACAAUCGGAUCAGUAAAAGUUGUGAAGAAGGCUGCGAAAAAACGUUCCAAAUCCGCCAGACCAGUGCUAGGCCAGUUGAAUUCUGACAAGAUUUACCUGGAGAACUUGUUGAAGAACCCAGACUUGGCGAUAGCAGAUAAGAAGAAUGAUGUCGUUUGCAAACAAGCGGAGGAAGCUAUUAGGUUUUUGGAAAACCGCGAAGAGUUUUGGAGGCAGCAACAGACCACUGUGUAACUUUUCUGUGCUUACUGUAGCUGUAGAUAUUAUAAUAGGUGUUAUUAGUG